AUGGUGAUGUAAGAAUUCAUUUAAGACUUGAGUGGAAAGUUGACUCAAGUUUGUGAGGAGGAAAGUAUCUUGUGCAGCUUGAAGAGCUAUAUUCACUCUUUGGUUUCAAUUUAAAAUAUUGGCAUUGUGAAUUUCACCUAAAAUAACAAGAGUAGUUAUUUUAAUAGUGUCUGAUCUUGAUGAUGUGGUGUAUUUAUUUUGAUAAAUUAUGAUGUAAGAAAUUUUGAAUAGCAAGACCUAAAAGAUGAUCUCGGAGGGUUCCAUUGUCUAUAUAUUCGUAAACAAGUGAUAAAUGUUGUAUGUCAUCACAAUACCCCAAUAAGCACACUAAGUUUUUGUGGUGCACUCUUGCCAAUAAUAGAACCUAAAACAAUAAUAGAAAGUCAUUACUUGAUAUUUGUGGAUGGAUCUUGUAGUAUGAAGCUAGACAAUAAAUAAUUUUUAUUUUUAUUUUUAUUUUUUUAAUACCAAAGAACAACAAUAAAUAAUACUAAAAUAACUUACCUUGGCGGUUGACGGUCGGGUAAGAGGAUGGGCUGCGCGGGUCGCAGAUCUCCCCUGACCGUUUCCGGACUUAACCGAAAUUUAGGACUUUCGGUUACAUCCGGAAGGGUAGAGAGAGAGAGAGAGAGAGAGAGAGAGAGAGAGCGACGGGCUCGCAACGACCGGCAGCGAGUGCACGGCGGCUGGCGAAAGGCGGCGGCAGUGGUCGGCGGACGUGCGGCGGCUGGCGAUGGGCACGCGGCGGUGCUCAGCGGACGUGCGGCUGCUGGCGAUAGGCGGCAGCAGUGGUCGGCGAGCGAGAGAGACGAGGAGCGACGGGCACGCAGCGACCGGCAGCGAGCGCACGCCGGCUGGCAAAAAGCGGGGGCAGACGGAGUGACGGGAGACGGCGGGAAGAGACGGAGGCUGCGGGAGAAGGCGGAGAGAGAAGGAACGAUGGGUGAAAACAGAGGAAAACGUGGAGCAGCUGGAGGGGGCGGAACGGAAGACAGAGCGAUGGGAAACAGCAGAAAAUGGGUGCUGAUGUUCGUCCUUUGAGCCCUCAAGACUCCUUCCUCUUCUUGGAUCCUUAUAUUCCGCCAGGAUCAGGCGUUUUUCACUGCAAGAAGGAGAAGAGCAAAAGUGAACGCUUCAAAACGACUUACAUCUAUCAGGGUGGAUACCCCGGAUCCUGGAGAAUGUCUUGUCCUGCUGGCUAGCCACUGCUAGAGCACGUCCAGAAUGGGGCGGGAAAGAGGGAGGAAGAGAGUAUUUAUACAAGGGCAAGUAUGACUAAAAUGCCCCUUCAUUAUUUCCUAAUCUCUCUCCAUAAAUUUCUACAUCGCUUCCUCCAUGGACUUGGGUGGGUCUAAAUGGGCCUGGACAUGGCCCCCGAACCUCCUCUAAUUUCUCCUUGAAGUUCCAAAUCCGAAAUUCCAAAGUAUUCCUAGCCCAUUAAGCUAACUUUCGUCCACUAAAGUGCUCUUAAUUUAUUUUUGAUUUCUGUUAAAUUUUGAACGCAUGAAAACUUGAAAAUAUUUAUCAGUAAUAAAACUGCUUGACUUCUAAGAAGUUAAGUAGGGUUAGUCAAAAAUCAUGCAAAAUUCAUGCAUAGUGUGCAAAUAGUGAAAUUAAUACAAAUCCAAAAAUAUUUAAAUCAUUAUGUUAAUAACAUGAUAUUUUCAAGAUUUAAAUGAACAAAAACCACAUGAAAUAUAAGGAAUAAUCAACACAAAUAUAAAGUUAUCAGUUACAAAAGCCAAAUAACAAUGGAAAGGUUGACAAAAGUGUGCAAAUAAAGACAAAGGAAAUCUCCAAAGAAAAAUGCUCAACUAAAAUAAACCUCUCAAUGGGAGAGAGCUCACAAUAGAACUAGAGAACAUAUAAUGAAAGUAAAACAUAGAAUAGGAUCAAGAAGGAAGAAGAGAAAAGAUGAUAAUACCGAUCCGUGUGCCUUCUACUCUAUUUGUAACUAUCACGAUCAGCGUCAAAGACAAAAACUUUCUAUCCUUUGCUCCGAUGACCAAGUUUGACCAAGUUUAACAUAUCUUCCCCUUGACCGAAGUAGUGGAGUGUCGAAAAGAUCAAUCAUUAUGAAGCCCAAUAAAUUGCUGAUAGAAAUCAAAUAUGGUAGUCCCACAAAAACGUAAAUAAGUAACCAUUAGGAGACCUCCUUUGAUCGAGAUCUCCAGCAAAGUUAGAAUUCACCUUGCCAAUAAUUUUUCUAAAAGAUUUUCCAAAAUGAAGAUAUGUAUUUGUGGUUCGUCGCAGGAAUCUAAAGAUUCAUUGGACAACUUUUCAAUGAUUUUUUCUAAGAUUUGCUAUAUAGCGACCCACUAGACUUACAACUUGUGAGAUAUCAGGUCAAGUGUGCAUACAUUAGGGACUAGCCGCAAAAGAGUACGGAAUUUUAGACAUACCUAAUUUCUUCCUUUGUUUUUGGAGAGACUAAAAGUUGAAAGCUUAGAAUGUCUCGCAAGAGGAGUUCUUACCAAUUUGACUUUCUCCAUAUUAAAACAACAUAGUAUCUUCUCAAUAUAUCCUUUUUGACUUAAGGAUAUAGUUAUUGCAACUCAAUCCCUUUUUAUCUCCAUUCUUAAUAUUCUUGCUGUUGCUCUUAAGUAUUUCAUUUCAAAUUAUUGGCUAAGUUGGCAUUUAAUAUUCUAAACGUCUUGUAUGUCCUUAGCAGCUAUUAAGAUAUCAUUGAUAUAUAAAAGGAGAUAGAUGAAAGAUAUAUGAGAUUUCUUAAAAUAAAUAGUUAUCAUAGUGACUUUGACUAAAGCUGAAAGUGGAUAUAA